UUUGCGACAACCGGGUCCGAGGAAUAAUUUUUUUUUUCGAACUUGACCUUUCGUCUGUAAACCUGGAUCGAUCGUUUCCGAGCAAAAACACCUUUGACACAUGUGUCUGAACGAUAUUGAAAAUUCAUGAUUAUGCCAGGGCAAAGCUCGUUCCUAAUUUCCAGUUUCCCGCUUUUCUGUGGAAGCAAAAUCCAAAUUCUCCAUGUAUCUGAACUUAGAUUUUCUUGACAUAAUAAUUGUCACACUGAAACAAAAAACAAUCGAAAUCUCCACGACGUAAUGAUUAGCUGAAGCAUAUGCCAAGGAAUUCAAAAUUAACCAAAUCAAUAAUCACGAAAGCGUUGUUUCGUUGAUUUUGUUAUCUCAACUUUUAUCGUUAUUUUUCGCGAAUAUCCGAAAAUGGCAAUGUCACUAAGAGACAUGUGUCUUCUGUACGACGAGCAAUUCAACCGAAAAAUGAAGAUUGCGAAAUUUCUGGUGAAACAUCUCGAAGAUAAAAACGAAAUGAAUUUGGCAAAAAAGUGGCUAUUACGAGUGAGCAACAUCAAAUCUCCGGUGCUUCAGGUGAAAAAAAAUCGCAAUGCCUUUUUAUCGUACAUGGUAAAAGUACUCAGUGACGGAGUUUUAACGGGCUGCAUAGAUUCCGAGCCUCAUUCAGUCUGCGAUCCAGAUAAUGCUCUUGCUUUUCUCCAAAAUCCGGACGAAAUUUCAGAUAUCCUAUCGCGAGAUGAGGACCUUCCAAAAGAGAUGAAUAAAGAAGCGAAGCCAAUUAAGUUUCACAAGAGAUGGUCGAAGGAUCACAAGACGUACGUUGCGGUGAAGCCGAUUCCUGGACGAGGCGCUUUGGUCUACCUCGCAACCUCGAAAGUUCCUGGUCUCGAGAGCUGGGAUUUUCCGAACAUCAAACAUAAAAACUGAAAGAAAAAAAUGAAUUUUGAGUUUUCAUUUACAUAGAAAAUCAAAAUCGCAUUGGAUUGUCAAGAAAAAAGAAGGAGUUGGCCAGUUGGAGGAAAAACAGAAAAAGAAAACUUAAAAAUCGUAUCAAAAAUACAA